CUGAAUUCAAACGACAACGUUCUCAAGAUAUCUAUCAACUCUUAAUCCAACAUGGUUCAGGGAAAGACAAAAGGCCUCCAAACCAAAGGAUCUUCAGCACGGCAUGCGAAAAAAGCAGCGGCCAACAUGAAGAAGGGCAGGGUAGCCAUUGCACCAAAGAAAACCGUACUUGUGAAGCAGGCAGCAAUGCAGAAGAAUCUCACAGCUAAAAUCAAUAAAUCUAUUGAAAAUCAAAUGGUCGCUGCGGCGUCAGCUGGGAAACUAACCAUCAUGAAAAAUACGGCACCUGAGGCAUCUUCGUCAACGUCAAAAUCAAAGGGUCCAACAAAACCAGGGAAAUGAGUCAAUCAACUUGCGUGGCUACAUAGCUGAAUACCCCCACGAUUUUUCAUAUACCGCGACACAUAGGCGCUUCAUAUCUCGAUUUGAUUCCACAGGUCCCGCUUAGCGAUUUGGGGUGAUAAUGCGCGAUGUAGACAAGGGCAUGAUGGCUGCGCGUUGUACAGCAAAACACGCUGUAGUCGGAAGUCGGAGAUGAAUGCUACAGCCGCAAAGGCACGAUAAUGAUCCAACGGGAGUUCGACGAUACACAUGCUGAGUUGAUUUCGUUCACUACUUCCACGAUAGCAUCGUCGCGAGUGCUCUAGACGUUCCUGGAGAUUAGAGCUAUCGAUCUUGAGAAAGG